AUGAUGAAUAGUAUCAACAAAAUUUCGCAAGAAAUCCUUGCAAAGCUUCCUCUGUUCAGACUGAAGGAUCUUAUCAAAGCUGUUCGAGCUUGUAAGACAGCAGCCGAGGAAAGAGCAGUUAUCCAGAAAGAAAGCGCCAACAUCAGAACCGCUUUCAAGAAUGAGAACCCUGACACGCGUCAUACCAAUGUAGCAAAGUUGUUAUAUAUCCAUAUGCUCGGUUAUCCUGCUCAUUUUGGCCAAAUGGAGUGCUUGAAAUUGGUUGCCAGCCCUAAAUAUGCCGACAAACGAUUAGGCUACCUGGGUAUCAUGCUCUUGAUUGAUGAAAAGACAGAAGUACUCACUCUGGUCACUAACAGUUUGAAGAAUGAUUUGAACCAUAGCAACAUGUUUGUAGUUGGUUUGGCUCUGUGUACGAUGGGUAACAUUUCUUCGUCGGAAAUGGCUCGUGAUUUGUGCUCAGAAGUAGAGAAGCUUAUGGGCAGUUCCAACACCUAUAUCCGCAAGAAGGCUGCUUUGUGUGCCUUGAGAAUCAUUCUUCGUGUGCCUGAAUUGCAUGAAAAUUUCAUCUCGAGAUCAAAGUCCCUGUUGAAUGAUCGUAGUCAUGGUGUACUGAUUACUGGCAUCACACUGGUAACAGAAAUGUGUCAACAGUAUCCUGAGAAUGUUGCCAUCUUUAGAAAGGCUGUUCCGCUCUUGGUCAGACAUCUCAAAAACCUUGCCAGUGCUGGGUUCUCUCCUGAGCACGAUGUUACAGGCGUUACAGAUCCUUUCCUUCAAGUCAAAAUCCUUCGUCUUUUACGUAUUCUUGCCAAGAAUGACCGAGAAGCAUCUGAAUCCAUGAACGAUAUCCUUGCUCAAGUGGCUACCAACACUGAGAGUAACAAAAACGUCGGCAAUUCCAUCCUGUAUGAAACCGUUUUGACCAUCAUGGACAUUCAAAGUGAGGCAGGCUUGCGUGUGUUGGCUGUCAACAUUCUUGGAAAGUUUUUGAGUAAUAGAGACAACAAUAUCAGAUAUGUUGCAUUAGAGACAUUAAACAAGACAGUCGGCAUCGAGACACAAGCUGUGCAGAGACAUCGCAAUAUCAUUCUCGACUGUCUCCGUGAUGGCGAUAUUUCCAUCCGUCGUCGUGCAUUGGAGUUGAGUUUUGCACUCAUCAACGAAGGCAAUGUUCGAGUUCUUACAAGAGAGCUCCUCGCAUUUUUGGAAGUCGCUGAUUCAGAAUUCAAGCAAGGUAUGACUACAAAGAUCUCCCUUGCAGCUGAGAGGUUUGCGCCCAACCAGAGAUGGCACAUCGAUACCAUGUUGCGUAUGCUGAAAUUAGCUGGAGGAUUUGUGCGCGAAGAAGUGCUUGCUGGAUUUAUUCGUCUUGUGGCUCAAACGUCUGAUCUGCAUCAAUACACUGUUCAAAAAUUAUACUCGGCAUUGAAACAAGAUAUCUCCCAGGAGGGUUUAGUUUUGGCAAGUGUUUGGGUCAUUGGUGAAUACGGUGAUGUGCUCGUUGGAAGUGGCAAUUUUGAAGAGGAAGAGGGCGUUGUUAUUGAGGUAUCUGAUUAUUUGGUCGUCAAAUUACUAGAAUCCAUCUUGUUGGGUCCCUAUGCCAACCAGGUUACCCGUGAAUAUGUUAUGACAGCGCUUAUGAAGCUUUCUUCCCGCCUAUCCGACAACAGCGCACAAGGAAAAAUCAAGGAAUUGCUCAACGAACACACUGUCAGCAUGGAGGUCGAGAUUCAACAACGUGCUGUCGAGUAUACCAACCUCUUUUCUUAUGAUUCCAUUCGUCCCGCUGUGCUUGAGCGUAUGCCUGUGCCUGAGGUCCGUACUAUCAUUGAUCAAAGUUCAUCUACUGAUAGUCCCAGUGUUGGCCAUGCUUCAACAAGUGCCAGAGCUGGUCCUAGCGACCAAGAUUUAUUGCUGGAUCUCAUGGGUGUAGGCACAAGCGGCGGCGGCGGAGGAGGAGCCGCAGAACAAGUGGAUAUGAUGUCUCAAGCAUCGGCUGCAGCAUCAUCCCCUGCACCACCAAAGGCUUCCAAUGUCGAUCUUUUAGCAGACUUAUUCGGCGGAGGAUCACCUCAACCAGCAGCACUAGCAGCAUCUUCUCCAGCUCCAGCAUCCGCAAAUACAGCAUCCAACAGUCUGAUGGAUCUAUUGGGUGGAGAGAUAUCAACAGCACCUCAACCUGCAUCACCCUCCACACAAUACGGCUUGGAUUCUCUUGCUGGCUUAGGACAAGCAUUGCCGUCAAGCCCUCUUUCAUCUUCAGUGGGGUCUCCAGCUACACCUACCGCACAACCAAGUCAAGCAGCAGGUGGUUAUGAAGCAUAUACAAAGAACGGUUUGACCAUUCGACUUUUGCCAUCCAAAGACCGUACCAACCCAGCCAUCAUUAAUAUCCAAGUUUUGUUCUCUAAUAAUGGAUCUCAAGGUGUGAUUAAUGACUUGCAGUUCCAAGCUGCCGUUCCAAAGAGUCAACGAUUACAAAUGAAUGCUGCUAGUAGCCAUGUUGUUCAGCCAAAUACUACUGAAAAGCAACUCAUGAGAAUUAACAACCCACAACAGACUACCGUCAAGCUUCGUUUACGUAUAUCUUAUGAAGUGAACGGCGAGAAGAAGGAUGAUAUUGCUCAAUAUGGUCCAUUCCCCGAAGGAGCAUUUUAG